GGCGCGGCCGGGGCAGCCCCGGGGGGCCUCACGCGGCCCCGGCGCUGUGGAGGCGGGAGCGGGGCCGGGACUGUCGCGAUAGAGCGGCCCUGGGCCCGGGGGGCCUCGGCACCCAGCGGGACUGUCGCGAUAGAGCGGCCCUGGGGCCGGGGGGCCUCGGCACCCAGCGGGACUGUCGCGAUAGAGCGGCCCUGGGGCCGGGGGGCCUCGGCACCCGGCGGGGCUGUCGCGACAGUGAGGGGCUCCGGGGCCGCAGUUGUGUCGGGGCCUGUCGCGAUAGGAGCGGGGCUUCCCCAUUGCCGCCCACGUGCGUGGCCUUGAGGGCUCACUCACAGUGGGAGUGGAGUCCCCAAGGCCGGACUGUCGCGAUAAGAGCGGGAUCCGUGGGGCCAGUCCCGGCAGGGCUGGGGUCGUUCAGACCAUCCCCGGCAGGGCUGUCGCGAUAGUGGGGUGCCCUAGGCCAUCCCCACAGGGCUGUCGCGACAGGAGGGUCCCCGUGCCCGGUGCGCCGUGCCCGUGCUCCCGGGAUGGAUCCCGGGAUGGAUCCCGGGGCCGCUCUCCCGGCCCUGCAGCGGGAGCUGCGGGCGGCGCUGGCCGAGGACGAGCGGCGGCAGCGGGAGGGCGAGGCCAAGCUGAGGGCGCUGCUCCAGGGCGUCCCCGACUAUCGCGACUUCAGGAACAUCGUGUUGGCCUCACAUCUGAAGCCUCUGGAGAAGAAGGACAGGCUGGGGCAGAGGAGGAAUGUGUUGUGGAAUCCCUGUGCAGCCCCAGCCAAUGCAUCACCUGCCCACACUGAGGAGAUCCCAGAGGAGCUGAAUCAGCUGCCUGGAACGGCUGCAGAAUUCCACAGGGAUUGGCGCAGGUGCCUGAAGAGCGGGACAGAGAAAUACCGGUUUCUGCUGGAGCUGGGAGGGGAGGCCUUGGGCAGGAUCUUCCGGGCUGACGUGGGCUUUGGCCUCCUGGGGGAAUUCCUGAGGGUGCUGGCAGAGAACUUCCAUCCUGGAGACGGGGCUGCCGUCCUGGAGAUCCUGCAGGGCCUGGCGGGCACCCGGCGCUUCGGGCUGAACGUGGAGCUCCUGAGCCAGGCGGAGAAGGAGAGCGGCCGGGAUCUGUUCAGGAAGCUGCAGGGCCUGAGCAGGGAUUGCUGGGCUGCCGAAAAGCCAGGCCAGGAGGCAGGGAGGGAACCUCACGCCAUGGACACCCACUCGGAAAAGGAAGACGAGGAGGAAAGGAUGGUGGUGGAGCUGAUGAAGUGUUUCCAGCUCGGCUGAGGGGGUUCAGGGGCUAAAAGAGGCUCAGAAGAGACUCAAGGCCUGACCUUGGCAUCACCCAGAGCACGAGUUCUGCACAAAUAAAGUUCAGUUCCCGA